CCCACGGUGUGGCUGCAGGUGCAGCACCAGCAGGGCCGGACGCUGGUGGUGGCGCAGUCCUCCGACAAGCUGCAGGCGGUGCUGGACAAGGUGCCGGGCCACAUCGACCACGUGCACGGCCUGUACCGAGACGGCCAGGAGCUGCGGCUGGACCGCACACUGUCGGACCACGGGCUGGCCUGCCUCCACUCCCUCGAGAUGCGUGAGCGCGGCUGCAUGCAAGCGCUCAUCGGCGUGCCGGCGGGUUCUGCUUGUCCCUCCACCUCGGUGCUGGUGGGCUUCGACCCGGAGGACACGGUGGAGGAGCUUUGCGAACGGGCCGCCUUCAAGAUCGGCGGAGCGGUCCUGGACCAGUACCGCGUCAAUCCCAACUUCUCGCUGUUCCUUCGAGACGAGGAGGUCGCUGGUGAUCGGCUGGUUGCACACUGCAGCCAGACUGGCUCCGGAGUGUGGCUGUCCAUGCGGAAGAGGAUGCCGCUCCGUGACUUGGCGAUAGAGAUCUACGUCAAGACCUUAACUGGCAAGACAAUUACGCUGAACUGCAAUGAAUCUGACACCAUUCAAAUGGUGAAGCAGGCGAUCACGGCCUCAGCAGGUAUUCCGCCCGACCAGCAGAGACUCGUUUGGAGCAGGCGUCAAUUGUUGGAGACCUGCACCCUCCUUGACUACGGCGUGGGGCAUCGGUCGACCCUUGACCUGAUACUGCGUCUGCGCGGUGGCGGCAGCCACACCGCCGUGGCGCAAGGGGCGCUGGCUGCGGACGAGGACGCUGCGGCCCCGGAGGGCGCUGAGCCCGUCCCCGCCCCGCCUGCCCAGCCGCAGCGGGCCGCCACCCAGCUGGCGGUGGGCAGGAUCCUGUCCGGAGAGGUCGUCCCGCCCCCGGAGACGGUCGGCUGCCGAUUCGUGGUGCGGUGGCACAGCAGCGUCAAACUCCAGUUUGACGUGUUCGUUCAAGAGCAGAAGGCGUGAUGCGCUUCAAAGCAGCUAUUGAGCAAUCAAAGUUUUCUCAAUGUUAACUGUUUUCUUUAGUUUGAACUGAUUUUAAUGUUAUGUUUAAGCAGCUAUUGAGCAAUCUAAGUACUCAAUGUAAACUGUUAGUAAUCUUUGGUUUAACCUGAUUUUAAUGUUAUUAUAAAAUAGUAACGAUACACUCUUUUGUUGACUAAUUAUACUUGUAUGUAGUAGGCCCUGAUUUGUUGCGAAAGGCUUUGUAUUUCCUCUUUUGUUUUGCUGUGCUGAAGAAGCCCCCUUUGUGUUAUGAGAGCGAACCGUACAAAUACACCUUCUCUUAUAAGAGUAAA